AUGAAGCUCGAGCGCCAGUCACACCCUUCCGUCAUCUCCAUCACCACACAAAAGCGCAGACGCUGCGCAGACGAGCAGACCAACCCGACCCUCACAGCACAAGCCAAGAAGCUCAAAACAUCAAAAACAUGCGCCUCGGCCAUCACCACUAAGCUUACUACCACCACACCCAACAAGAUUUUCGCGUCCAAGUCCACGCUCAUCCCCCGCGGCCCCCGCAAAAAAGCCACCCUCGGCGUCAAGGACGAAUCCCUCCUCCUCAUGCUCUGCGACUGCAGCACCACCCCGCGCAAAACAAGCGAACUCCACUUCCGCAAGAUCCCGCACUCCCACAUCGACUGGCACAACCCCCACCACAUCUCCCAGAUAAACGCUUGGCGCAACCAAAUCUACGGGCGCGCCGGCCUAAAAGCCCGCUCCGUAAGCCUAUGGUACGAAGCCGAAGAACUCUGGUUCGAGCUGUACUUCCAGCUUUCCAUCGUCGAGGCGCGGAAGCGUGGGAUCAUGCUUCCGGGGAGUAGGCAGGUGCGCGAGGCGUUUAAUAUAACGUUUGUGGGGAGUGUGAUUAAGGGGAGGAAUGGAGAGGAUUUGCCGCCGAGGGUGGAGCGCGAGGGGAAUGCGUUUGCGUCGAAGUUUAAUCGUAUGUUUCCGGCGUUGAGGGCGAGGCUGAAUAGUUGUGUUGUUGGGAGGUCGGGAGAUGUGUGUGUGCCGGUGAUUACGUUUGGGAUGAUGGAGAGGUACAGGGUGAUGAAGAGGAAUCUGGCGGAGAGGGGCGUCGAGGCUGAGUCGGAGUAUGCGAGUGGAUUGGAGGAGUGGCAGUGGUUUCUGUCUCAUCUGCCAGAUGUCGAGAUGCAGGCUGUGGUCAAGAAGGAGGAAGAGGCCAGGGAGAUGAAAGCGAAAGAGUUUGAUGCUGUUGCUGCUUUGGUUAGCCUUGCCAACUCGCCUGUUGAGUCUGGGGAUGACUAG